AUGGACCCAGAGGGUAUAGAGGAGCUGCUCCGAACGAUCCGCGAGUAUGAGGAGGCAAAGAGCACGUCCACGUUCGCCCUGAGACGGCCAGGGUUCGCGAUACGCCUGGGCCUGCUACUGGACUAUUGGGUUCCUCGUCUCCCGCACCCCGCGCUGGUGGAGCUGCAGCGGGAGGCAGAGGAGAUACGCCGGACAGCCUUGCUGCCUGGGAUGCUAAACCUCUGCCUCCCAGGCCAGACAUCCGCUCCGCCAGCCCAGCUCCAGCCGCUGUUCCACGUGCCGCUCCGCCGGCUGCUAUCAGCCAAAGCCGCAUGUUCUGACCGACCCAGAGCUCCAGAACCAGCAGAGGAGCUCCAGUCCAGACAGGAGGAAGCAGAGAUUAGACCGAUCCAGGAGGAACCAGAACCAGAGAUUAGACCGAACCAGGAGGAACCAGAGAUUAGAAACAUGGUGAUCAGGUUCCAACAGGAGAGCAGACCGCUGGGCAUCUCCUGGCAACCCUUUGUUCUUCUGACCAGAAUCGACUUUCCAAAGCAACAUGUCUGCAGGACGGAGGAGGUUCUGGACCAGAGGGAACCAGAACCAGAACCGCCACAUCAGGAGAUCGGGCCUGAAGAACCGCAGCUGCCACCGGACUGCGACGCCUUCAUGAAACCUCUGUCAGAUGAAGAAUGUGAGCUGGAACCAGACGCUGAUCAGAACCUCCCUGCAGCUCAGGACGGUUUGAACUCAGAUCCUCAUCGGAUCAACGAGCAUCUGGAUCAAAACCUUCAAAGAACAAAAGACAAACAAAAACGUCUUCCAACCAAGUCCAACAAACCUCAAAGGAAAGCCAGAAGGAAAGGAAACGUCAUUUGUUGUCAUAAAUGUGGGAAAAGGUAUGUUUAUAUAAAAUCUCUAGUGACUCACAUGAGCACCCACUUCAUGAAGCUGGACUCAUGUAAAACCUGA